AUGGACGUUCCUGCCCAGGUGCCCAAGGAGGAUGGCAGGGAGGAAGAGAUGCUGAAUCUCCAGCAGAAGAUCUGUGAGCUUGGAGCAGAGCUCAGGAGGCAGGUGUCCCGAUGGUGGGAGGCUCACAGCGACCUCCAGAGUAAGAUAGACGUUUUGACAAAGCAGAACCAGGAGCUCCGUGAGGACCUGAGGGCUCUGGAGCAGCAGAGCCUGGAAGCCACGAAGAAACCUGAAGCCUCGUCACCCACAGCAGGAGCACCCAGAACUCUGGUUAUGCACCAAUCUUCCCAUGUUCUACGAAACCUCAGUGACAGAAAAUUUUCAGGGCCAGCUUCUGCCACCACGCUCUGGGAGCUGGACGCCACGGCCAGGGAGAAGGGUGAGGCGACAGGGGAGCCCGUGACUGCGGGCCCUUCACCCUGCACCCUCAUGGCCCCUCAUCUGGAGGAGCCGGGAGCUCUCAUCGCCUCUGCCCUGGCUCCUGCUCAGGCCACGAGUGUUCCCUUUGGACGCUCCUGCAUGGGCGAGCACUACACCAUCCUGUCUGCCGGACACCUCCAUACGUCUUUGAGGGUGAACUGUCACAAAUCAAAGCUGGGCCUCUGUUGCCCCGGGAACUCAUAUCUGUGCACCUCCUGUACAGACACGUCCGAAGGUGAGCUGCUGCCUCAGACUCAAGUCUCGGGCUCUUCCUCCGAUGCCUCGGAACUGCUCACUCUUCCAGAACCUUCGCAAGAAGAUGCAGACUCCGGGGAUACUAGGACAGAGGAGGAAACAUGGGAAAAGCGACACCCCAGUGGCAAGGUGGAGCGAGUGCUUGUUGAUGGCCGAACAAUCAUUACCUUCCCCAACGGCACCUGGAAAGAGAUCAGCGCUGACAAGAAGACAACCCUCAUCAGGUUCUUUAACGGGGACGUGAAGAAGAUCAAACCAGACCAAAGAGUGAUUUACUAUUAUGCUGACGCUCGGACGACUCACACGAUCUACCCUAAUGGUAUGGAAAUGGUGGAGUUUCCUAACAAGUGGACAGAAAAAUUCUACCCCAACGGCUCCAAAGAAACCAUAUUUCCAGAUGGAACAGUAAAGCGGCUCAAGGAUGGGUGUGAGGAGACCACUUUUCCUGACGGGACAACUGUAACUGUGAAAAGGAAUGGUGACAAAACCAUCAUAUUCAGCAACGGGCAGAAAGAAAUCCACACGGCUCAAUUCAAGAGAAGGGAAUUCCCCGAUGGCACCUCCAAGACUGUGUACUGCAAUGGCUGCCAGGAAACCAAGUAUGCCUCGGGGAGGGUCAGGGUCAAAGAUGAGACUGGAAACAUCAUUCUGGACUGGAAGUAG